CAUAAGGGCCAAGUUAAGAAAGGGCAGAGUACAAGAAUGUUGUUCCUUUUAGUAAAAGUUUCUGAAUUUGCCACAUUUCCUUAAGUGAGUUAACUAUGUAGAUGUGUGUAAUUGGUCAACACGCAUAUCACCUCCAGUGACUGCAACAGAGCCAACACAACCAUCUGAUUCAACACCAACUCUCACACCCAGCAUGAACAGAUCAGAGGAGUGUAAUAAUGGUCUCUCAGUGGGACUAGCUACAGGUAUUGCAGUGGUCAUCUCUCUACUGGUGGUCCUGCCAGUGGGUGUGGUCAUCGGCUGCUGUGGAAUGUGGUGCCUGAUAAAGAGAUGUAUUCGACAGGAGGAUCUGCCAGGGAAUAUCUAUGAUGUGCCAUCUCUCAAUAAUUUCCAUCUCUCAGAUAAUCAGGCCUAUGGCUCUGCUCAUUAGAGCAGGAACUAUUAAUGUUUGAAUUUUCAUCAGUGUGUG